AUGAAAAGAGAAGAAUUUGCUCCUAAAAUAGAACAAUAUAAUGAAGCUCGAAAAACUCUCCAAGCAAAUGACCAAGGAGUAGUUACAGAAAAUGGCAAAGAAGAAUUUGCUCCUAAAAUAGAACAAUAUAAUGAAGCUCGAAAAACUCUCCAAGCAAAUGACCAAGGAGUAGUUACAGAAAAUGGCAAGUGUGUUGCCAGAUUGAGCAGUCAAGAAGAAGCUUUGUCCAAAGCUCACCUGGUUAUCAAGCCAAAGAAAUCAAUUACUAAUCUCAGUCAAGUCAAUUCUGAGACAUGA